AUGGCAGCAUGUGUCGGUGUGGUACUGCUUAUUAUAGCCAUCGUCGUGGGCGACGGGUAUCCCUGUGUAGUCAGCCUCUUCGGUGGACAUAAUCUUUAUCAUUUUGGGUGUGCGCUCUUCGUUUUAACGUUCAUCUACGCUAUUUGCGCUGUGAGCAGUUUUGCAAUAGAGACGGGUAGCGGCAGAUGUGCACGUAAUAUCCAAACUACCAGCGACGAAAGAGGCGAACGACUUCUACUGCUCGACCAUGCAGCACACUCCAGUUUACUCUCUGCAGCACAACUCAAUAAACUCUCUAGUGGCACAAGGUCACAAUUCGUGUAG